GGUUAUGCAUACCUGGUGUACGCGUCAAAACCACCCUCAUCAUCGGACGGGGAAGCUAUGGGGUGGAAUACAUACUACGACGUUUUGCAACUGAGAGAGAGAAAGAGAUCAGAGGGUUCCGGUAACCGGUGGCAGCGCCGUGUGGCGAUCUCAACUCUUCGCAAAGAACGCCCCAUCCUGCUGAAAAAUAUUCAUGAUGUCUUUGAAUCCGAUUUCUCACGAGCAGAAGAAGCCAGAGCAAGUAUGCACCCCGAUAGUAGUGAAGUGAAUGAUAUGCCUUCCUCAUCUUCUCCCGUCGUCGUCCAAGAAGAUGGUGCAACAUGGGAAAUAAGCAGAGACGACACCUUUUACUGCCCAGAUUACGUGAUUUUCUUGGCUGAAAAAACGCUUUUCAGAAUCCCACCUCUUCGCCUCACCACACCUCAUUUUACCGCUUUAUUCUCGCUCCCCGACGGAGGUACAUCUCAAGUGGAAGGCCGGACAGAUGAUGAUCCUAUUCGUCUUCCGUCACAGAUCAGCGCGCGCGCUUUCCGCGCCUUCAUGAACAUGCUCUAUCCUGAACUCAAACAAAGCAACAUGGAGCUGGAGACGGCCGACCUCAUCCUUGCUCUUGAACUUGCAACCAUGUGGGAGUUCGACCACAUUCGGGACCAGGCCAUCACUGAGCUUGGACCUGAGCCACUUGCGCCAUUGGAGCAACUCUUGCUUGGACGACGGCUGCGUGUUGCGAAAUGGAUAAGAAAUGCUUACGAACGACUGUGUACACAGAAGGAGUUAACCCCCAAAGGACGUGGGAGAGAAGAUUGGGUGGCAUGCGUAUGGACAGGUUGCCAAGCUUCGUGAACGUGUCUAUGACAAGCCGAUUAGCAUGAAGAGUAUUCGGGCUGAGGUGGAGGAGGAAUUCAGUCAAGAGCUAAUAAUCGACGAGACAUACCGGACGGCUUCACCGGACACUGAUAUUCUAUGUUCUGCGGUCCCUGCGCAAGCUUUUAGUCCGUAAGGCGGAAGAAGGCAAUAUGUAGGAGAGAACUGAGACUCGCUUCGUUUGUCAUUCUCAAUCUGAAAUCACGUACUAGCUGCUAUACUAGUU